CAUUGUCAUGUGUCAUCGUUGAAUUUAAAAACGACGACGAACUGUGAGAUGUAUCUCGUAACUUUGUAAUAUUUAAUUGUUGACUACAUUAUAAUCUUCAUCAGAAUGUUCUCAACAAGCUCACAAAGACAAUUUUGGACAUUCAGUGACGAAAAUGAGCUAGCAUGCCAUCGGGAAAAACACAACGUCGUAUUCAUUUCAAAACAUGGACAGCAUAUAGAUGAACAUCAAAGGUUCAAUUAUUUUCUAUCUCCUGAAGAAGAAAGACUAUUAUUGAAACAAUAUGAGCUUCAUUUGAAAGAGUUUUGUAAGAGAUUUCAACCUCCUAUGCCAAAAGGAGUUAUCGGUACAGCAUUUCACUAUUUCAAACGAUUUUAUUUAUACAACUCAUCUAUGGAUUAUCAUCCAAAAGAAAUUCUGGCUACGUGUGUUUAUUUGGCGUGUAAAGUUGAAGAAUUUAAUGUGUCUAUCGGCCAGUUUGUCGCAAACAUUAAAGGUGACAGAGAAAAAGCUUCAGACAUUAUACUAAACAAUGAAUUGCUGUUAAUGCAGCAACUGAACUAUCAUUUGACUAUUCAUAAUCCUUUUAGACCGGUUGAAGGGUUCUUGAUUGAUAUUAAAACAAGGUGUUCACUUGCCAAUCCAGAGCGUUUAAGAUCCGGAAUUGACGAAUUCCUCGAAAAAGUAUUUUUGACUGAUGCCUGUCUCUUGUACGCGCCAUCUCAAAUAGCAUUAGCUGCAGUGCUCCACGCAGCGAGCAAGGAACAAGAAAAUUUGGAUAGUUAUGUGACAGAUAUGUUAUUCAGAGACGCAGGGCCUGAUAAAUUAGCAAUACUUAUAGAAGCUGUCCGUAAAAUUAGGUCUAUGGUGAAGAUGGUCGAGAGUCCCGCGCGGGAACGUGUUCGAGCUAUAGAGAAGAAGUUGGAUAGGUGCCGUAAUCAAGAGAACAAUCCGGAUAGUGAGAUUUAUAAGCGACGGAUGAGAGAAGCGUUGGACGAAGAUGAUGUGCAAUACACUGGCUCCACAAGAAUGUCGCUAGACACAAGUGGUAUCAGCCAAGUGCUGUCUCCGUCAGCUUCUUAAAUCACUAUGUACUUGGCAUUCUAAAUAUUGGUUUAUAUGUAUGGGGAUAUUUUGCACAAAUAGCAUUUUAUAAAAGAUUUAGGUUGAGUAUUUUUUUAAGAUUAUGUAACCAUCAAAUAAAUUAAGUUUUGAAAAAAAGGUUAAUGUCAUGCUGGUACAUGGAAAAGAGAAACAUAUCAAAUCAUAGAUACACACUAUGUAUCAAAUUAUUGUAACAUAGUUUAUUAAACUUAUAGUAGGUUUGAUUUGGAUAUUGGUCUCAAUUAUGUUACAUUGCUACUCUGCUGAAAAUUUGAAGAGGAAUUUUAUUCUCUAUUUAUUUGCUAUUAUGCAGUUUUUUGAGUGUAUAAACUAUAAACCAAUAUUUAGAAUGUUAAUAACUUUAAUAGGCUAAUUAAAAAUUGACUAAAAAAAACAAAAAUGUAUUAGUAUUUGGAUUAAAAAAUAAAUAAGUAUAUUAUAUUUGACAAAAGUAUGACCAUA